AUGGCCAAGGACGCGUGGACGGCGUCCCUUGUCGUGAACAGGGAUCACGGCGUCGGUGAAGUGGUGCGGAGCCGUCGAGGAGGCCCAGGCGCCGUCCUCGAACGGUGGUUGCAGCGGCGGCAGCUGCUGCUGGUGCUGAUCUCGGUGGUCGCGUGCGAGCCAGCCAUACCGGCGGGCAAGCGCGCGCAGUACUUGGUCCAGGACCAGGCGGGAUCCUACAAGUUCGGCUACGACACGGGCGCCCAACAGCACCACUUCCGCCAGGAAGAGCGCACCUCGGACGGCACCGUGCGCGGUCGGUACGGCUUCACGGACGCCAACGGCUACCUGCGCGUCAUCGAGUAUGUAGCCGACGAGACGGGAUACCACGUGAUACACACCAAGACGGAGCUGCCGCAGAACAGGCCACGCCCGACGGUCAAGCCGCACGCGCCUUUCCUGGGCCCGCUGCCGCCUUUCAUCCCGAGGCCCCACCCCGAAGAGGAAACGUGA